UCUUCUCCGCCACACACACGCCGCCGCGCGGCCCCGACGACCACUACAUGACCGACCUCACCUCCCCUCGUUUGCUACUUGCACAAGCAAACAAGCGGCGCGCGACCACACAGCGAGGUGUGGUGGUGGUGCAGUGGAAGCUGUGGUAGUGGCAGCUAGGAGUGGGAGUAGGAGUAGCUAAGGGGAGGCGGCAUGUCGGCAGCGUCGAGCGCCGCGUGCGGGGCGUGUGGGGGAGGGAUGGGGGAGUGCGGGUGCCAGAUGCUGCAGAGGCGGGGCGGCGGCGGCGGCGGUGGUGGUGGAGGAGGAGGGGUGAGGUGCGGGAUAGCGGCGGACCUGAACCGGGGGUUUCCGGCGAUGUUCCAGCAUCAGGGGGUGGUGGGGGAAGAGGAGAUGGCGGUGGUGGAAGGGGAUGGAGGGGGAGGGGGAGGCGCGGCGGCUGGGCUGCAGGAGUUCCAGUUCUUCGGCCACGACGACCACGAGAGCGUCGCGUGGCUGUUCAACGACCCAGCGCCGCCCGGCGGCACGGACCACCAGCUGCACCGGCCGGCGGCCGCGGUCGCCAUGGCUGUCGGCAACGGCGCGACGGCGACAGCGCAGCAUCGGCCGCAGGCGUUCGACGCGUACGCGCAGUACCAGCCGGGGCACGGGCUCACGUUCGACGUGCCGCUCACCCGGGGCGAGGCCGCCGCGGCGGUGCUCGAGGCCAGCCUCGGGCUCGGCGGCGCCGGCGGCAACCCGGCGACGUCGAGCAGCACAAUCAUGUCCUUCGGUGGGAGCACGUUCACUGACGCGGCGAGCUCCGUCGUCGCAAAAGACGCGGCGGCGGUCGUCGGCAACGGUGUCCUGAGCAGCGGCGGCGCCGUCGCCGGCGACCCGGCCAUGGACCGGGAGGCGAAGGUGAUGCGGUACAAGGAGAAGAGGAAGCGGAGGCGGUACGAGAAGCAGAUCCGGUACGCCUCGCGCAAGGCCUACGCCGAGAUGCGGCCGCGCGUGAAGGGCCGCUUCGCCAAGGUGCCCGACGGCGAGGAGGGCGCCACGCCGCCGCCGUCUUCCGCCGCCGCCGCCGCCGGCGGCUACGAGCCCGGGCGGCUCGACCUCGGAUGGUUCCGGUCAUAGCCAUCGAUCACCAGCAAUUGAUUUAGUUCGAUAUCUUCGUAUAUAUAUACGUACGUACGUACAUAGCUAGGCCAAGCAUGCAUUGGUUGAAAAAAUUAAGUUUAAUCAAGGAUUUAAUUAAGGUAGAUAUACGACGAGUACUAUGUGAUCACUGAAGAAUUCAUUUUUAAGUUCAUCCUUAAUGAUACUAGUGGUGUACUAUAUAUAUUGCUAAUGUGAUCGCUAGCUGAAACAUGGCACAUUUUUCCCACUGUCUCGGAGAGACGGAGAGAUCAUUGCGUGCAAGAUGUUGUUAAAAUGCAUGCGCAUAUAUAUUACAUUACAAAUGUGCGAGAAGAAACAAGAAAAUGAUUUUAAAAUUGGUGGUUAGCCUAGAAAACACCGAGGCCUUAGGUAUUAUUAUAUUACUACUCAUGGAAACCAUUGUAAUA